AUGAUUGCAUUGCACAGAAUAGUUGCAUUUGCCUGUGUAUCAGAAAACAUUAUCCUUAAGCAACAUCCAACCAAGUCGAUCAUUGACUGUCUCUCUUUUAAGCCAACGUCUUUAUUGAUCAAGCGUAUUUGCUUUUUUGGAUGUAAUUCGUUUAGGGGUCCUGUGUCUCAACUUCCCCAGAAGAAACUCAAAGUAGAAAGAUCGACAACGCACUCAGGGCUGAUGCACGAGCACGCAAGUUGGAGGUCAAACUACUGUUACUCGAUUUAUGAAAUAGGAGAGGUGGAUGGGGUACAUCCAUGUGUGGCAGGACAGGCAAAAAAAAACAAAAGCUUUGGAGUUCUUAAUUGCUUGGUUAAUUCAAUUCAUGCAAAGAAAUGUGUCUGGACUUGGCUAAAAACAGGUUUUUUUCAAACAAUGACGCAAAAGGGAUUGAACAAAGAGGGUGAAUACAGAAAUCAUGGGAGCAUAUUGGGAAAUUGUACAACUUUGCAAAGUAGACGCCGUUGUAGUGGUAUCCAAAAUGGAUCACAAUAG